CGAAUCUCGAUCCGCCAAAGCCUCCUUCCUGCUUGCAUCCUGUCUGCUUCCUGCCCACUUCCCCCCUCCCGGCCCCUCUCUCCCUUUCUCCCCCGUGCGACUUUCAUCCAGCUUGAUAUCCUACCGGCUCCCGCGCUCUUGAUGUCAGACUCAGCGCCUCCUCCCAUCCGGCCCCUGCCGGAGACCGUGGUCAACCGCAUCGCCGCCGGAGAGGUCCUCGCACGACCGUCAAAUGCCGUGAAGGAGCUCCUGGAAAACAGCCUCGAUGCGCGAUCGACCACGGUGUCGGUUGCCUGCGCGCAGGGCGGCUUGAAGAUGAUGCAGAUCACGGACAACGGAUGUGGCAUCGCUCCCGAGGACUUCCGCUUCCUGUGCCGGCGCUUCGCCACCUCCAAGCUAAAGACCUACGACCAGCUGCAGGGCGGCGAAGUGGACACUUUCGGCUUUCGUGGCGAGGCUCUGGCCUCGGUCAGCCAUGUGGCCCAUGUGUCGGUGACCAGCCGCACGGCGGCCGGCGCGUGCGCCUUCCGCGGGACAUUUCGCGAUGGGGCCCUCUUGCCGAUUGAUGCCGGCAUCGCGCCGGACCUCGGUGGCCCGGAGGACCCGGCCCCCGGGGAGGAUGUCCUCCAGGCGUACCUCACCCCGACCUCCGGCACCCAGGGCACCGCCAUCACGGUGGAGGACCUCUUUUACAAUGUCCCCGCCCGGCGGCAGGCCUUCACCAAUCCCCGAGCCGAGUAUGUGCGCAUCUUGGACAUAGUGUCACGCUAUGCCGUGCAUUAUCCCGGGGUGGCCAUCACCUGCCGGCAGCAUGGCGCCAGCCGUGCCGACCUCUCGACUCCCGGCCGGUUGGCCUCCCCCCGGCAGGCCAUCCAGGCCAUCUACGGGGCGGAGGUGGCGCGCAAUCUCCACGACAUCGACAUUCCGCGCGACACCACCGGCGACUUGAAGGUGGCCGUGCGCGGUCUCUUCAGCGCGGCCGAGUCGCGCUUCCGUAAUCCGGUGUUCUUCCUCUUUAUCAACAAUCGUGCCGUCUCCUCGCCCAGCCUCAAGCGCGCGGUUGAUACCCUCUAUGCCAACCUCAUGCUGACGGCCGGCGGUAAGUCCUCCUUCGUUUACUUGAGCCUGACUCUGCCCGGGGCACAUGUCGACGUGAAUGUGCACCCCACCAAGCGCUUUGUCAACUUCCUGGAGGAGGACCGCAUUGUGGAGUUGAUCGUAUCCACCAUGGCCGAUCGGCUGCAGACCGAGAACACGGCCCGGCGCUUUGAAGUUACCCCACUCGGGUCCCCUGCGUUGGACAUGGCGCCAUCCACGCCACGGGCCUCGGCCUCCGGGCCACGGGCCCCGGACACCCCGUCCACACCAAGGACCCGGCCUUCCUCCAGCAUCAGCUCCCAAACCUCCUCCCCGCAGUUUAUGGUUCGCAACAGCAGUGCCAGCCAAACCCUGGACUCGUUUCUCCUGCGACGGGGAGACCUACGCGCGGCGGCCGAACCCGGCACCGGGGCCAUGGUGCUCGACGCCCCGGACACCCCCUCCGGACAGGCGACCGGCACGCCCAGCACCCUUCUCGACACUCCAACACGCGGGGCGCCCAUCCUCCUUCGCUCGGUGCGGCUUCUGCGGCAACAAUGCGUCGCGGCCAGCCACUCGGACUUGCUGGCCCUGGUCCGAGAGUCCAUCUUCGUGGGGAUCAUCGAUGGCCGGCGGUCGCUCCUGCAGCACGGCACCCGACUAAUGACCUUCGACCAUGUGCGCCUGGCGUAUGAGCUCUUCUAUCAGCAAGUUCUGGUGCAGUUUAGCCAGUUGAACACUUUCGAGUUUGACCAGCCGCCUAGCGUGCGGGACUUGAUGCUCCUGGUCACCAGUCAUGGGCCAUUGCUGGAAUCGGAUGUUGCAGCCAGCUUGGCGGACAGCCUGACCGCCGGCCACACCUCGGCCGAGGAUUUGGCCACCAAGCUGGCCGAGGUCCUGCUCGCCCGUGCCUCCAUGCUGCAGGCCUACUUCGGCAUUGGCAUCGAUGAGCAGGCCCGGCUGACGCACCUGCCGGUCAUCCUGCCUGGGCACCUGCCGGUGCUAGCUCGACUGCCGAUUUUCCUGUGCCGCCUGGCCCAUCAUGUGCCCUGGGCCGAGGAGUCCCCCUGUCUGGAGGGCCUGGCCCGAGAGCUGGCGCGCUUCUACGCCCCGGACCCGCGGGACAUCACCGAUGCCGGUGGCGAUGCCUUCGCGCGGCCUCUGGAGCAAGUUGUCUUCCCGUACAUCAAAAGCUACCUCCUGCCGCCGGAGCACCUGGCCACCGACGGGUCCAUCCUGCAGGUGGCCUCCCUGCCGGACCUGUACCGGGUAUUCGAGCGGUGCUGAGCUGCGCUGCGGUUUGUUUCCCCUCCUCGGCCGUCUUUCCUUGACAUCUGUCUGCCCCUCCGGGCCCCCUCUGUCACUUGACUUGCCCCCGGGAGGGGGGGGGGGUCUUGGAUGAAUACAUGGGCGAGCGAACUGGAA